UGCGCAUGUCCGAUCGACUAAGCGCAAAUCUGUCUCUAAAAUGGCUACCGCUAGCCUCCUCCGAAAGCUCCUCGUCCUCCUGACGUUUCUAUGGCCCAGUGAAGUUCGGGGCGUGACGUUAAAAUCAGACGAAGUCUCACCCUGGACUAAUGAAUUUGAAACUGUGGAGCUCUCCUGUGUCAUCGAGUCGAUAUCCAGCAGAAGUCCUCGGAUCGAAUGGAAGAAGAUUAAAGAUGGAAACCCAAGCUACGUCUUCUUCCACGGCAGAAUCUCAGGGGACCUGGAAAACCGAGCUCGCUUAAGAGAACCCGCCUCACUGGUCAUUGAGAACGCCAGUCGCACGGACUCGGCGCAGUACCGGUGUGAGGUCACCGCCCCUGAAGACCAGCGCAGCUUCGCUGAGCUGCUCAUCAACCUGGUGGUCCGAGUGAGGCCGGUCAUGCCCAAAUGUGCCGUUCCGGCUGCGGUCCCCGUCGGAAAACCAGCAGAAUUCCGAUGCUCCGAGGAGGAGGGCUUUCCCAGGCCAAAGUUCCAGUGGUUCCGCAACUCUGAAGAGAUCCCCAUCGAUCCCAAAACCAGUCCGAGAUUCCAGAACGCCUCCUAUAGCAUGGAUACUGAGACAGGGAUGCUGAGCUUUGGAGCAGUCAGAAAGGAAGAUGAAGGCGUAUAUUUCUGUCGGGCGAAAAAUGAAGCAGGAUUUUCUGAAUGUCGACCUCAGAAGAUGGAAGUUUAUGAUUUAAAUGUGGCUGGGAUCGUGCUCGGCGUGGUUGUCGUGGUAACAGUGUUGGCACUGGUAACAGCAGGAAUCUGUUGUGCAUACAGGAGAGGGUACCUCAGCCAGCAGAAGCAGGACAAUUUCAAGGCACCAGCUAAAGGUGACGGAGUGGACUAUGUACGGACAGAAGAGGAGGGCGACUUCCGACACAAAUCCUCCUUCAUUAUCUAAGGAGGGUGAAAUAGAGCUUUGGAGGCCAAGGUCAUUCAAGGACUACCAAUCAAAACCACAGCUGCCCAUGAUCUACAGCAACAAUCACCAUGGUGAUGUCGCAUAGCAACUAAGGACAAUUUUCUUUUCUUUUCUUUUUUUUUCACAAUUCUGCUACAUAUUUUUGAAUCUAAACA